UAUAUUCGAGAAGAGAGGAACUAGUAGGCAGUUGGUAAACUGAGCUGCGACAUUCUUUUGCAAUAAAAAAAUAUUACAAUCAUUCAAAUAUGAUCUGGAGUGCAGUGUUUGCUCUGUCUUGUUUGCUGGCCUACGCACAUGGUCAUGGCCGAUUAGUAGAACCAGUGGGCAGAGCCUCUCUUUGGCGUACUGGUUGGUUCCGUGACACACCACCCAACUAUGACGAUAAUGGCCUCAACUGCGGCGGCUUCCACCACCAGCAUUCAAGAAACAGAGGACGAUGCGGUAUCUGUGGUGAUGACUACAGCAACCCACAGCCUCGCGCUCAUGAGUUAGGUGGAAGGUUCGGCCAAGGACACAUCGUCGCUACUUACGAGCAGGGCCAAGUCAUCAGCACCAGAGUCCACAUCAGCGCUUUCCAUAUGGGAUACUGGGAGUUCAGACUCUGCCUGGAUCCUAGCAACCAAACACAGGAAUGCUUUGAAAACUUCCUUUUAGAGUUAGAAGACGGUGGAACCAAAUACUAUCCAAAAGUAGGUGGUUUCUAUGACGUGAACUACCGCCUGCCUGCGAAUGUGGUGUGUGAGCACUGCGUGCUGCAGUGGAAGUACACGGCGGGCAACAACUGGGGCUUUUGUGGAGACGGCACGGGAGCCCUCGGCUGCGGCAACCAGGAGAACUUCUUCUCUUGCUCAGAUAUCAGUAUUAAGCGCACUGAAAGUAUUCCUAUAAACGUACCAAUUGUCGAUUUGAACCCUGAGGAGAACCCCUAAAUAUAGCGAAAAUUGUAUGUCUUAAUAUUUUAGUUGCUCUCUAAGAAUACCUAUUUUCAUUUAGAAGACCUAUAACUAGACUAUAAGACUAAAAUCUAUGUUACGGAUAUUCCGUUACAACCGUGUGAAAAAUACUUUAAUAAAAUAUCUGUUGCAAAACUUUA